AUGGCCCAACUCGAUACCCUCGACAUUGUCGUCUUGGCCGCUCUCCUCCUGGGCACCGUCGCCUACUUUACCAAGGGCACUUACUGGGCCGUCGCCAAAGACCCCUAUGCUGGCUCUCUUGCGAACGGUGCCGCCGCUAAGGCUGGCAAGACCCGGGACAUUCUUGAAAAGAUGGAUGAGUCGGGCAAGAACUGUGUCAUUUUCUAUGGUUCGCAGACCGGUACUGCCGAGGACUAUGCCUCGCGCCUGGCAAAAGAAGGUUCCUCUCGUUUCGGCUUGAAGACAAUGACGGCCGAUCUCGAGGAAUACGACUUUGAGAACCUCGACUCGUUCCCCGAAGACAAGGUUGUCAUGUUUGUUCUGGCCACCUAUGGCGAAGGCGAGCCUACCGACAACGCCGUCGAGUUCUACGAGUUCAUCAGCAGCGAGGACGUUUCCUUCAACCAAGGAGUCGCCGCUUCCGAGAAGCCUCUGACCAAUCUCAAGUACGUCGCUUUCGGUCUCGGCAACAACACCUACGAGCACUACAACUCCAUGGUCCGCAACGUUACCAAGUUCCUUGACAGGCUUGGUGCCAACAGAAUUGGCGCUGCUGGCGAGGGUGAUGACGGCGCCGGUACUAUGGAAGAAGAUUUCCUGGCCUGGAAGGAGCCCAUGUGGAAAGAUCUGGCCGACUCGAUGGAUCUGCAGGAGCGCGAGGCCGUCUACGAACCUGUACUUGAAGUCACCGAGAAGCCUGACAUGGACCCCGAAUCGGACGAUGUCUAUCUGGGAGAGCCCAACAAGAACCAUCUGGAGGGCAAGCAGAAGGGUCCUUUCAAUGCACACAACCCAUACAUUGCUCCAAUCGCCGAGUCCAAGGAGCUUUUCACCGUCAAGGAUAGAAACUGCCUGCACAUGGAAAUCGAUAUCAGUGGCUCCAACUUGUCCUACACUACUGGCGACCACAUUGCCAUCUGGCCAACGAACGCCGGAAAGGAGGUUGAUCGUUUCAUGAACAUCCUUGGUCUCAGCGAGAAACGCCACAUGGUCAUUUCCGUCAAGGGUUUGGAUGCUACGGCCAAGAUCCCUUUCCCCUCACCCACAACUUACGAUGCUGUCGUCCGCUACCACAUGGAAAUCUGUGCGCCUGUUUCGAGACAGUUUGUUUCGGCUCUCGCGCCUUUCUCGCCCAAUGAUAAUAUCAAAGCUGAGAUGACUAAAAUCGGCAACGACAAGGACUACUUCCACGAUCAGGUCGCUGCUCGUAACUACAAUCUCGCUCAGCUUCUCGAAUACCUGUCUCAAGGCCAGACAUGGGACAAGGUGCCCUUUACCAUCGUUGUCGAAGGCCUCCACAAGAUCCAGCCCCGCUACUACUCCAUUUCAUCGUCAUCCUUGGUGCAAAAGAACAAAAUCUCUAUCACCGCUGUUGUGGAAUCCGUCGAGAUCCCAGGAGCCACCCACGUGCUCAAGGGUGUUACGACCAAUUACUUGUUGGCUCUCAAGCAGAAGCAGCACGGCGACCCUACCCCUGACCCUCAUGGACUAGAAUACGCCAUCGACGGACCUAGAAACAAGUAUGAUGGCAUUCACGUGCCGGUCCACGUCCGCCAUUCUAACUUUAAGCUUCCUUCGGAUCCUUCGAAGCCCAUCAUCAUGAUUGGUCCAGGUACUGGUGUUGCUCCAUUCCGUGGUUUCGUACAAGAGCGUGCCAAGCAGGCACGCGACGGUGAGACAGUCGGUAAGACCAUGCUUUUCUUCGGCUGCCGAAAGAGGACAGAGGACUUCAUCUACGCCGACGAGUGGGAGGCAUACAAGAACGAUAUGGGCGACAGUUUCGAGAUGUUGACCGCCUUCUCUCGCGACGGUGCUCAAAAGGUCUAUGUGCAGCAUCUUCUCAAGCAGCGCGCUGCCGAAAUCGACAGACUCCUGCAGCAAAAGGCUUACUUCUAUGUCUGCGGCGAUGCAGCAAACAUGGCUCGUGAGGUGAACACUGUUCUAGCUCAGAUUAUUGCCGAACAAAGAGGGAUUUCAGAAUCCAAGGCAGAGGAUAUCGUCAAGGCCAUGCGCAACAGCAACGCCUACCAAGAAGACGUUUGGUCAUGA